AUGCCCGGAAUAUCAUUACAUUCAAACAGUUUUACUUCAUUAUCAAACUUUAGAUUAUUGAUGCGUCUGUCAUACCGUAUGUCGUCGUCGUCGUCGUCAUCGGAAGUAUCAUCGCAAACACUAACUGUAAAUGUUGAUGAAAUCAAAGAAUGUUACAAUAAAUUGGAUUUGGACUUUAAAAGCACAAAAACAGCAUUUAAAGGUAAAAAAACGGGCGAAUUGUUUCGUAGCCUUAUUGUACUUCCUCUUUGUACAAUACCAACAUUAAGAAAGAGGGAACAAUUGCUAAUGGUUGGAUUGAAAAAAUUAUUUGGUGAAAAAUUUUAUGCGAAACUUCUGAAAUUAACAUUUUUCGGACAAUUUGUCGGCGGUGAAACGAUAAGUGAGGUCCAAGAGACAAUGAAAAGGUUGAAAAAAUAUGGAGUGAAAUCAAUCUUGGAUUACUGCGUUGAGUCGGAUAUUGUUUCGGACAAAACUGAAAGGAAAGCUGUAGAGGGAAUAGUUGGAAGUGAAGUCAGAAGUGAGUCGGUUGGAAAUGUUAUUGACAAAGCAACGGUGGAAAAAACACGACAACAUUAUACAGUCCACAAAGAAUUUGAUGGUCACGAUGAAGAUGUUGUUAACUUCAGGACCUACGUUAACGAAAGCGAAGUUCAAUGCGAUAAAAAUUGUGACAUUUUUUGUGCCAGUGUAGAUGCAAUAACUUCAGCAGUCAACAAUUGCGGAAUUAAUUGUAUCAAAUUAACAGCUCUUGGAAGACCGCAAUUGCUCCAGAAAUUGUCGGAAUUGAUAGCGCAAUCGAAUAAUUUUUACAAUACAUUGAUUGGCCCAUCCUGGGAGGAUCUCCUGCUUGGCAAAAUUAGGAAAGAAGAAUUUUUGAAAAGAAUGGAGAAUCACGGUGUUCAAAUAGAUGAAACCAUGAUGCAGAAAUGGUUAAAAAUAAAUUUCGGCAAGAAUGGCUUGGUUGACUUUUAUGAUUGGCGCAAACUUAUCGACGAACACGAACGGCCCAAUCAGAUGUUUCAGGUGUACAAUAUCAAAACUAAGAAAAUGGAACCAUUAUUGAAUUGUUUAACAGAGGCUGAGUCUCAAGAAAUUGUUAAUAUGGUGGAUCGUAUUGUGCGAACAAUUGAGUAUGGAAAAAAGCAUAAUUUACGUACAGUUAUUGAUGCUGAGCAGAGUUAUUUUCAACCGGCUAUUUCGAGAUUGGCAAUGGCAAUGAUGAGGAAGUACAACAAAGAAAAUGCCUUAGUUCUUAGCACUUAUCAAGCAUACUUGAAGAGUUGCUUAAAAGAUAUUGAAUUGGAUUUACAUUUGGCUAGACGGGAAGGUUUCUAUUUUGGAUGUAAAGUUGUUCGUGGCGCAUAUGUAGAACAAGAAAGGAAACGUGCUGCUGCUCUAAAUUACGAUGAUCCAAUCAAUCCGAAUAUUGAAGCAACAGCAGAGAUGUAUAAACGGGUGAUGCAAAGAAUGAUAAAGGAAUGUCAGGAAAGAAGUCCUGGUAGUAUAUCGGUAAUGGCUGCGACACAUAAUGAGCAAAGCGUUAAAUAUGUUGUUGAAAUGAUGCGUGAAGCUGAAAUAUCACCUUCCAGUGAAACCGUCUCUUUUGCCCAGCUUUAUGGAAUGUGUGACCAGGUUUCAUAUUCACUUGCAAAUGCUGGUUAUUCAGUGUACAAAUAUGUACCUUACGGACCGAUCGAUAAAGUUUUACCUUAUCUUUCUCGCAGGGUACAAGAAAAUGCUUCUGUCUUGGACAAGAUCAAAAGGGAUGUCCAUUUAAUCUUCCGAGAAUUGAUACGAAGGGCUUUUACUCUCAGUGGAAGACUCGGUUAA